AUGACUAGAGUUGAUACGAUUGCUUGUAAAUUACUUGUGAUUAUUUAUAAAUGUCUGUUCAACACCGUUUUUCUCUUUGUUCCUGAGGGCAACGUCAAAUUGAAGGUGGUUGUGCUGGAUUAUGAUGACAUCAACGUGCAAGAAAGGGUCGAUCAUUUUGAGUACUUGUUUCGAUCCAGCAGUGGAAGAAGGAAAAAAUAUUCACUCGCCCGAAAGCUCAAUCUGACAGGGUCAGUCAGCAGCAUCAGUUUACAGUUGAACAUCUACUGUGAUUCUCAUUAUUACGGGCAUGACUGUAAUACCUUCUGCAUUGAAACCAAUUCACAAAAAGGUCACUACACUUGUGAAAAGAAGACAGGACGUAAAAUCUGCAAUUUUGGCUGGAUUGGGAAAGACUGUUUGCAGAAUCAAGACGAUUGUUUGUAUAAUCGUUGCCAUGAAGACGCGACGUGCAUUGAUGAAGUAGCGUUUUAUAAAUGCCAGUGUCCACCAGGAAGAACAGGUAUUCUAUGCGACCUGGAAAUAAAUGAAUGUGUCAGCAAUCCUUGUUUCCAUGGUGGAACGUGUCAAGAUCAACUGAACUCCUUUCAAUGCAUCUGCCCUAGCGGCUACACAGGAAAGAGUUGCGAAACCCGUUUGUUGCCGUGCGAGUCCAACCCUUGUCUUAAUGGGGCUACCUGCUUUGUUAUUUUAACGUCGUUCUUUUGCCGGUGCACGGAGUUUUUCGAAGGUAAAAAAUGCGAAGUACAAAAAGGCCAUCAAAAUGUCUGUGACAGAAACCCAUGUCAAAACGGGAAAUGCCUUCCUGAAAAGACUCCGGCAUCAUACACCUGUAACUGUUUUCCGGGAUACACAGGAAAAUAUUGUGAAACUGAAAUUGACGAAUGUUCAAGCAAUCCAUGUCAACAUGGCGCCACAUGCCUGGAUGGUAUGUAUGCCUUCCACUGCAUCUGUAAUCCAGCGUACACAGGGGCGUUAUGUGAAAGAAAAUUUUAUUCCUGUGAAAGCAACCCGUGCCUGAAUGGGGGACACUGCAUAGAUGGUAUUGCAUAUUUCAUCUGCCGAUGCCAGGAACAUUUCUACGGAGAACGGUGCGAAUUUGAUAGACGGCUUGCUGAUCCAUGUCAAAGUUCACUUUGUCAAAAUGGGGGUCAUUGCAAACGAACAGAAAAUGGAAGUGGAUUCAUAUGUAUCUGUAAUACACAAAAUACUGGUUCCAGGUGCGAGAAUAUUUUGUCUACGGAAAUUAAAUAUCAAUAUUUACACACAACAAAAGAAUUCGAAGAUGCAACUGUAUUUUAUGGCCCUUCAAGAACAGGUUCUCCAAUUCCGAGUAGCAAUUUUCCGCAAGUUUCUGAGAGUAUAACCUUGGCUGAAAAUGAUAAUACUUCUUUAGAGGAGACAUCCACCAGCCAAAUGACAGCAUUCAAGUCAAGUGACCACUUAACUGAUGAUGGAGAAUCAUUCACACGCAAAGAUAGAGAUCUUACGCAGAAUAGUACUGGGACAAAUGAAUCUAUAUCUUCACCAGAAAUGAAAGAAGCGCUCUUUUCAACACGUCAAACUGUGGUUCCAUCUCUUGAUAUGCUAUCAGUAGACGAUAUCGCCGAUGUUACACAGGAUAGUAACCUCACAAAUGAAUUUACAUUUUCAUUAGAAACGAAAGAAGCUCUAUUUUCAACUAGCCAAUCUAUGCUGCCAUCUAGUGAUAUAUCCUUAGUAGAGGAUAUCACAGAUGCUAUACAGGCCAUUACACUCACAAAUAAUUCUACAUUUCUACCAGAAACGAAGGAAGCGCUAUUUUUAACAAGCCAACAGGUGCUGCCAUCUAAUGAUAUAUCCUUAGCAGAGGAUAUCACCGAUGUCACAAAAGAUAGUACACUCACAAAUGAUUCUACAUUUUCACCAGUAACAAAAGAAGCGCUAUUUUCAACAAGCCAACCUAUUCAGGCAUCUAGUAACAUAUCCUUAAUAGAAGAUAUCACAGAUAUCACUCAGGAUAGUAUCUUCACAAAUGAAUCUACACCUUCACCAGAAACGAAAGAAGCGCUAUUUUCAACAAGCCAACCGGUUCUGCCAUCUAGUGAUAUAUCCUUAGCAGAAGAUAACACAGAUAUUACACAGGAUAGUAUCUUCACAAAAUCUACAUCUUCACCAGGAACGAAAGAAACGCUCUUUUCGACAAGCCCAUCUGUAUUAUUAUCUAGUGAUACGCCCUUCGUCGAAGAUAUCACAGAUGGGACACCGUCUACCACCCUAACAAAUGAAUUUUCAUCUUCACCAGAAACGAAAGAAGCGCCCUUCUCAACAAACCAGGCAUUCCCACUAUAUAGUGAUACAUCCCUUGUAGAGGAUAGCACCCUAAAAAAUGAUCUUACAUCUUCAUCAGAAACGGAUGAAGCGCUAUUUUUAACAAGCCAACCCGUGUUGCUAACUAGUGAUAUAUCUCUCGUAGAGGAUGUCUCAGAUAUGCCAUUAGACAGAACCCUGAUAGAUGAAUCAAUAUAUUCGCGAGAAACGAAAGAAGCGCUCUUUUCAACAAGCCAACCUCUGCUGCCAUUUAAUGAUAUCUCUCUCAUGGAGGAUACUACAAAUAUGACAUUGGAUAGAACGCUCACAUAUGAAUCUACAUCUUCACCAGAAACGAAAGAAGCGCUCAUUUCAACAAGCCAGAAUGUGCAGUUAUCUAGUGAUAUAUCUUCCGUAGACAAUGUCACAAAUGUGGUACAGGAAAGCACCCUCACAAAUGCAUCGACGUCUUCACUAGAAACAAAAGAAGUGCUAUUUUCAACUAGCCAACAUAUGCUGCUAUCUAGUGAUAUAUCCCUCGUAGAGGAUGUCUUAAAUGCGACACUGGAUAGAACCCUCACAAAUGAAUCUACAUUUUCACCAGAGACAAAAGAAGCGCUAUUUUUAACAAGUCAACCCGUGUUGCUAUCUAGUGAUAUAUCUCUCGCAGAGCAUGUGACAGAUAUGACAUUCAAUAAAACGGUCAUAAAUGAAUCGAUAUCUACGCUAGAAACGAAAGAAGCGCUCUUUUCAACAAGCCAGCCUCUGCUGCCAUUUAAUGAUAUAUCUCUUAUGGAGGAUACCACAAAUAUGACAUUGGGUAGAACACUCACAUAUGAAUCUACAUCCUCACCAGAAACAAAAGAAGCGCACUUUUCAACAAGCCAGAAUAUGCUGUUAUCUAGUAAUAUAUCUCCUGUAGACGAUGUCACAAAUGUCGUACAGGAAAGCACCAUCGCAAAUUCAUCAACAUCUUCACUAGAAACGAAAGAAGUGCUAUUUUCAACAAGCCAACAAAAACUGCCAUCUCGUGAUACAUCCCUCGUAGAGGAGGUCUUAAAUGCGACAAUGGAUAGCACCCUCACAAAUGAAUCUACAUUUUUACCAGAGACAAAAGUGCUCUUUUCAACGAGCCAACAAAGACUGCCAUCUCGUGAUACAUCCCUCGUAGAGGAUGUCUUAAAUGCGACACUGGAUAGCACCCUCACAAAUGAAUCUACAUUUUUUACCAGAGACAAAGUGCUCUUUUCAACGAGCCAACAAAGACUGCCAUCUCGUGAUACAUCCCUCGUAGAGGAUGUCUUAAACGCGACACUGGAUAGCACCCUCACAAAUGAAUCUACAUUUUUACCAGUGACAAAAGUGCUCUUUUCAACAAGCCAACAAAGACUGCCAUCUCGUGAUACAUCCCCCGUAGAGGAUGUCUUAAAUGCGACACUGGAUAGCACCCUCACAAAUGAAUCUACAUUUUUACCAGAGACAAAAGUUCUCUUUUCAACGAGCCAACAAAGACUGCCAUCUCGUGAUACAUCCCUCGUAGAGGAUGUCUUAAAUGCGACACUGGAUAGCACCCUCACAAAUGAAUCUACAUUUUUACCAGAGACAAAAGUGCUCUUUUCAACGAGCCAACAAAGACUGCCAUCUCGUGAUACAUCCCUCGUAGAGGAUGUCUUAAACGCGACACUGGAUAGCACCCUCACAAAUGAAUCUACAUUUUUACCAGUGACAAAAGUGCUCUUUUCAACAAGCCAACAAAGACUGCCAUCUCGUGAUACAUCCCCCGUAGAGGAUGUCUUAAAUGCGACACUGGAUAGCACCCUCACAAAUGAAUCUACAUUUUUACCAGAGACAAAAGUUCACUUUUCAACGAGCCAACAAAGACAGCCAUCUCGUGAUACAUCCCUCGUAGAGGAUGUCUUAAAUGCGACACUGGAUAGCACCCUCACAAAUGAAUCUACAUUUUUACCAGUGACAAAAGUGCUCUUUUCAACGAGCCAACAAAGACUACCAUCUCAUGAUACAUCCCUCGUAGAGGAUGUCUUAAAUGCGACACUGGAUAGCACCCUCACAAAUGAAUCUACAUUUUUACCAGAGACAAAAAUGCUCUUUUCAACGAGCCAACAGAGACUGCCAUCUCGUGAUACAUCCCUCGUAGACGAUGUCUUAAAUGCGACACUGGAUAACACCCUCACAAAUGAAUCUACAUUUUUACCAGAGACAAAAGUGCUCUUUUUAACGAGCCAACAGAGACUGCCAUCUCGUGAUACAUCCCUCGUAGAGAAUGUAUUAAAUGCGACACUGGAUAGCACCCUCACAAAUGAAUCUACAUUUUUACCAGAGACAAAAUUGCUAUUUUCAUCAAGCCAACAAAGACUGCCAUCUCGUGAUACAUCCCUCGUAGAGGAGGUCUUAAAUGCGACACUGGAUAGCACCCUCACAAAUGAAUCUACAUUUUUACCAGUGACAAAAGUGCUCUUUUCAACACGCCAACAAAGACUACCAUCUCGUGAUACAUCCCCCGUAGAGGAUGUCUUAAAUGCGACACUGGAUAGCACCCUCACAAAUGAAUCUACAUUUUUACCAGAGACAAAAGUGCUCUUUUCAACGAGCCAACAAAGACUGCCAUCUCGUGAUACAUCCGUCGUAGAUGAUGUCUUAAAUGCGACACUGGAUAGCACCCUCACAAAUGAAUCUACAUUUUUACCAGUGACAAAAGUGCUCUUUUCAACGAGCCAACAAAGACUGCCAUCUCAGGAUGUCUUAAACGCGACACUGGAUAGCACCCUCACAAAUGAAUCUACAUUUUUACCAGUGACAAAAGUGCUCUUUUCAACAAGCCAACAAAGACUGCCAUCUCGUGAUACAUCCCUCGUAGAGGAUGUCUUAAACGCGACAAUGGAUAGCACCCUCACAAAUGAAUCUACAUUUUUACCAGUGACAAAAGUGCUCUUUUCAACAAGCCAACAAAGACUGCCAUCUCGUGAUACAUCCCUCGUAGAGAAUGUAUUAAAUGCGACACUGGAUAGCACCCUCACAAAUGAAUCUACAUUUUUACCAGAGACAAAAGUUCUCUUUUCAACGAGCCAACAAAGACUGCCAUCUCGUGAUACAUCCCUCGUAGAGAAUGUAUUAAAUGCGACACUGGAUAGCACCCUCACAAAUGAAUCUACAUUUUUACCAGUGACAAAAGUGCUCUUUUCAACGAGCCAACAAAGACUACCAUCUCGUGAUACAUCCCUCAUAGAGGAUGUCUUAAAUGCGACACUGGAUAGCACCCUCACAAAUGAAUCUACAUUUUUACCAGAGACAAAAGUGCUCUUUUCAACGAGCCAACAGAGACUGCCAUCUCGUGAUACAUCCCUCGUAGGGGAUGUCUUAAAUGCGACACUGGAUAGCACCCUCACAAAUGAAUCUACAUUUUUACCAGUGACAAAAGUGCUUUUUUCAACGAGCCAACAAAGACUGCCAUCUCGUGAUACAUCCCUCGUAGAGGAUGUCUUAAAUGCGACACUGGAUAGCACCCUCACAAAUGAAUCUACAUUUUACCAGUGA